AUGGCUACGCUAGAUGAGCAUCUCAAACCUGAGAAAAUAUAUAUCCAAGUUAGACUUGAAAGUACAGGAAGCGGAAUGAACGCCAGCUCGUACUUGCAAUCGUUUGGAUGGAAGGAAGGCGAAGCGUUGCAGAAAGGGGGUCUUAAAAAGCCCAUUUUGGUCAAGCAUAAGAAAGACACGAAGGGUCUCGGAUCAGAAGGUAAUGAUGCAGACAUGUGGUGGGAAAGACUUUUCGAUGGCCAACUCAAGAACUUAGACGUGACUAACGGAAACGAUGGAGUCAGUUUUGAGCAGAACACUGCAGCAGUGGUGGACAGUGUCAGAAAAGCCAAUUCACCGCUAUAUAGAAUGUUUGUGAAAGGCGAAGGGUUAGCUGGAACUGUUGGAAAGACAGAAAAUGCACAUGUGAAGAGUGUUACUGUUGAGGCUACGGAGGUGUUUGAGGCUGUGGUUAAGACCAUGGUGUUGGAAGUGAAGAAGGAGAAGAAGGAGAAGAAGGAGAAGAAGGAGAAGAAGGAGAAGAAGGAGAAGAAGGAGAAGAAGGAGAAGAAGGAGAAGAAGGAGAAGAAGGAGAAGAAGGAGAAGAAGGAGAAGAAGGAGAAGAUAGAUAAGGAAAGGAAGAGUAAGGAUAAGAAAGAAAAGAAAGAAAAGAAAGAAAAGAAAGAAAAACAGUCAAAAGAUCAAGAUAAGAUAUGUGAGAUCAAGCAAGAUUCGAAUGAAACACAAUCAUCAAAGCUAGAUAAAAAGAGAAAACGUCUGUCCAAACACGCUCCUUCUAAGAAACGCAAGGCCUGA